ACCUGAUAAGAUACACACAAAUACAUUUGGAAACACGGGCUAAUACACAACCAGUUAGUAAAAGCGUUUUCAUUUAACAUGUGGUUGCUGACCAUCGCCAGUGUUUUUGCUGUUGUUUGCGUAGUGCAUGCUCGCGGUAUUCAAACACGCGCCACCCAAUGUUACGGAGAUCUAGGAUGUUUCACCUCCGAUAACGUCAUGCCGUUGCCAGACGAUCCGGAUCAUAUUCGCACGACAUUCCGACUGCAUGUCCGCAAUUCGAGCACCAGCUACGACCUAGCGGCCACCGCUGUCAAGUCGCACCUGAGCACGUGGCUUACCAACUUCGACGUCAACAGGAAAACAAAGAUCAUCACCCACGGAUUCACCCACAGUAGCGCAAAACCCUAUGUUGUCAAAAUGACGUCAGAGCUACUUAAAAAGGAUGAUUUCAACGUAAUUGUGACGGACUGGGGCCCUGGAGCGCUGACAAACUACCCAAAGGCCGUGGCAAACUCGUUUGUGGUUGGUGCACAGCUCGCACAAUUGCUCGAGGAGCUGCAUGCACAUCAUGGGCUCCAGUACGCGGACGUGCAUCUGAUUGGUCACAGCCUGGGUGCGCAGAUAUCCGGUCACGUGGGAGGGCGCGUUCAGGGGCUUGCUCGGAUUACAGGUCUCGACCCUGCAGACCCAGGGUUCACGGGAAAACCGAUCGACAAGCGUUUGGACGCCUCGGACGCGACGUUUGUUGACGUCAUUCACACAGACGGCUCCAAGUUCAACUUUGUGACGGGUUUAGGUACGGACGUUGCCGUGGGCCAUUUAGAUUUCUACCCAAACGGCGGGGAGCAUCAGCCAGGAUGUGAUGAGAACCCGAUAGGCGGCAUCUUAGGCAGCCUGUUACAUAAUGAUAUUGGCGGUGUAGAGCAUGCCGUCGAGUGCAGUCACGACCGGUCGCACGAGCUGUUUUCUGAAUCCAUUAACUCGGCCUGCAAGUUCUACGGGCACCUGUGUCCGAGUGGGGAUAGCUUCGAGGCCGGAAGUUGCCUCGGCUGCCCCGACGGAGGCUGCCCGCUUAUGGGCUAUGACGCCGACCUGAGUUCCGGUAUGAAUGGAUCGUUCUAUCUAAGUACAUCCGGGGCGGCUCCUUACUGCGGGCACGAGUAUUUCGUGAUCGUGGUGAUGUCUUCCAACAUGUCGCACGCCUAUGGAGAGUUCAUGAUCACGCUCGUGGGAACCAAAGGGCGCUCGGAGCCGCUCAAGUUUGAAAGUCUUAUGCACGCGCUUGACCACGGCAUGGAGGAGAAGCACGUGAUCAGCACUCACGUGGACAUCGGUAACGUGACGUCAGUGCAGCUACAGUUCGUCAAAGGCGGUCAAGGUGCCUCAUACGUGAAGGUGCACAGCGUCCUCUUGGAGCCGGCGGAGGACACCAGUAAAAAAGUUAAGUUCUGUGCCAAUGACGCUCAGUUCAGUUCGAGCCAGACUAUUGCCGUCUCCAGUAACACCGGAUGUUGAACCCAGGAAUUGAUCUUAUAUGGUCUUUUGUUUGCCUUGUUUGUAUAAUACAAUUGUUCUUGUCUUGUUAA